CGUCUCUCUUAUCGUGAAACAUGACGACGAACGCUGACCCCGGCUCUGCUCCCGUUUACCCCAGACACAUCCCUUCGAUCCCUUAUAGCGAUUCUGGGAAUCGCCUUCAAACACUUGACAUAUGGCUUCCUCGGCCACUUGAACAGUCAGAUCCCACCAAUUCGAUAUGGAUUGUCUACAUCCACGGCGGCGCCUGGCGCGACCCCACCCAAGACGCCCGAUGCGUUGAACCCACCAUCAAGCACCUCUCCUCCCCCUUCCCCCCCAAAAUCGCAGGCAUAGCCUCCCUAAACUACCGUCUCUCGCCCUACUCCACGCACCCCACAGACCCCAGCUCGCCCACAGACCCAAACCGCACCGCGCAACACCCAACACACGUCCGCGACAUCGCCCUCGGCCUAGAGUACCUCGCGCAAAACUACGGCGUAAAGCGCUGGAUAGGCGUCGGCCACUCGUGCGGAGCAACACUGCUGCUCCAACACGUCGCGGGCAUCGGCAUCGACCAUGGAAACACAACACGCCCUGAGUCCCUGAUCCUCAUAGCAGGCAUAUACAACAUCCCAUUACUCCUCGCCAACCACGUCCCGCCCGCCUGUCCAGCUCCCAUCGCCGCAAUCUAUGCGUCCUUCAUCGCCGGCGCAUUCGGGGCAGAUGCUUCCGCGUACCUCCCCGCAUCGCCCGUCGCAGGGAAAUACUCUACCCAGACGUGGCCUGAGGGCAGGCUGAUGAUACUGGCGCAUAGCUAUGAUGACGAGCUUAUCGAGCGCGCGCAGCGGGAUGUUAUGUGUGUUGCGCUGGAUAGGCAGGGGUGGUCGAUUGUCAUGGAGGAUGGGGAUGAGGAGCGGGAGGGGGGGAGGGUGCUGGAGGUUAGGGAUUUGAAGGGGGGGCAUGAUUGGAUUUGGGAGGAUGGGGGGCAGAUUGCGCGGUUGGUUGGGGAGGUUGUGGAGAGGUUAGGGUGA